AUGGCCGGUCGUGGACUACGUGAAACAUAUAUAUCCUUCGGCUCCGGUCUCAAGAUUGGCCGUUUCAACGCUGUCGAGUAUUUUCAAGAUGGUUCGUUCUAUUUACUUGAUAGUCCGGGUCAUGCUAUAGGUCACAUGUGUGCACUAGCUAGGGUUACCACAAAUCCAAAUUCAUAUAUAUUCAUGGGAGGCGACUCGUGUCAUCACAAAGGGGAAUUUCGUCCUUCGCCCUAUCAUCCUCUUCCUAAAACCAUCAUACCGAAUCCAUUACAGACUCCUGGUGCAAGCUGCCCCGGCUCCCUCUUUGAGCCUCUUCUCCGUGAUGAUGAUAGAGAGAAACCUUUCUAUACGAUAGCGCGUUUGGAAGAUGGGAAAGGAGUAGCCCACGAUGUAAAUGAGGCGGAGGAAACGAAAGUCAUGGAAGCGGAUGGAUCAGAUGGAGUGCUGGUUGUUAUGGCCCACGAUGAUACCUUGAAGGACGUGGUAUCUUUCUUUCCUUCAUAUGCGAAUGCAUUUAAGGAGAAUGGAUGGGCUGAGAAGGGAAGAUGGCUAUUUUUGAGGGAUUCUGUGGGGGCUGUGAAAUAUUCGACAUCGUAG